AUGAUUCAUUUGUCAAUAUUUUGAUUUUUUUCUUAGAAAAAGCGAACUAAAAAUAUCAAUUUCUUAAAUGCAUACCAAUAAUUCUAGUGACUAAAAGUGUUAAGUGUUCAUUUAAGAAAGAAAAAAAGUUGUGCCAAAAUGUUGUUUGAGAUUUUCCUAUCAUUGUUUCUUAUAAAUAAUAUCUCCUGUGAUGGAUCCCCCUUUUUAUUUCCCUCUUAUGACAACAUAAUUGGGAAUAACUCUACCGAAAUUAUAUGUCCAGAUUUUGGGAAAAUUAAUAACGGUAAUGUGGUUGUUCAAAAAUUGGGUGCAACACGAAAAGUAGCAACUAUUACAUGCGAUCAUGGUUAUGAUAUCGAAGGCAAUAACAAUAUAUACUGUGUAGAUGGCCAAUGGGAAUUCUACAGCUCGCUACCGACGCUACCUCAGUGUAUAAAACGCUGUCUUCCUCCCCCUUACCUCAAGAACGGUGCUCUGGAGAUCGAAGGAACGAAAGACGAAGAGGGGUAUUACCCUAAGGGGACUGUUGCUGCAUAUUCGUGCAGUGAAGGUUACCAAUUAACCCCUGAGACAAGUAAUUUGAGAGUGUGCGAAAAAGGAACUUGGACAGGCCCCAUCGCAACUUGCGUUCCUAACGUUAUUCAAAUUGCUGGUUGUCCGACACCCAAAACUAUUGAAAAUGGGUAUUUUGUACAAGAGAAAGUAGGAGAGUUGGAAGGAUAUAACAGUUUUGGGCAGAGGUUGCACUAUAAUUGUAAAACGGGAUAUUCUGUGAUUGGACCCAGAGUACAACAGUGCUUGGACGAUGGUUCCUGGUCUCCAAAAUUGCAACCCAUGUGUGCCCCAAAAGUCGAAAAUCUCGACGACAUCCCUUGCGACCCCCUCCCCACUGUUCCUCACAGCGACACCGAACUCAUCCAACAGUACGACAGGAGAUCCAUGGCUGGCGUCACCGUAGAGAUUCGAUGUCUAGGAAAGUACAGGAACACCCUAAGUCCCUGCCAGGCUACCAAGCUCGUUUGCCAGGAGGGAAAAUGGCUAGGACGCCUGCCAUCUUGUGUACAAGCGCACGAAUGCCUCCCGCCGCCAACGAUACCCUACGCGACCAUCAUCGACGUGAAUUACAACAUCUACGACACCAGCAACCCCACGAAUUUUCCCAUAAAGUCCACCGUGACGUACCAGUGCUUGCAGGGGUUCGUCAUGGAGGGGGAGCCUUCGAUGGCGUGCACCGUUGGAGGGUGUUGGACCCCCAACGAUCCCCCCGUGUGCGUCCGCACUAGAACCCCGUCAGUGCGCCAGCCUACCGGCGACAACUUAUUGGAUGUGGACUAUCUCAACGCCAUCUUGAUGUCAGCCGCGGCAGGGGCCGGCGUUCUGGGCAUCCUGCUCCUGAUCUGCCUGAUGGUGGCUUGCAAAAGGAAGAAACAGCACAGCACCACCGUCGCCAUACCCCAACCGCUUCCCAGGCAGGAUCUGGGGGACCACGCGGCGCUUCUGGAACACCCCGACCGUCUGGCGCUCAUCGCCUUCGCGGACGGCGUCCAAAGGAACCAGAACCUGCUGCCGUCUUACGACGAGGCCACCAGGAGCGAAAGGGGCGCCUCUCUGACUGCCACCAGGCUGCAUCGACCCCACUGGCCCAACUUGGCCGGUAGAAGGGCCAGGAACUCGCCAAACACCGACGCAGGUCACGUGACUAGGCACGGAUCCUUCGCAUCGCACACCCCGAGCACCAGGUCUGCAGGCGACUCCAUGGGCUCCACGGACACCAUGGCCGUUUCCGAGGGGUCCACUAACGUCACUCUGGACACCGCCUCCUCGCACAGCGGUUCCCAACCCGCCUCGUGCAGAGCCCACUGCGGCAGCCUCGCCUCGUUCGACGCCUGCUCCGUCGUCAAUACGGAAGAUGUCCCUUUGUUGGAGGAGAGCGAGCUAGAGGAAAUCCAAGGUGGAACAAACGACAUGGAAAACCCCGCCAUAUCGGAGAAUUCUUCUUUAAAAAUAUCCACCAAUAGCGCUGACAUAUUAUCUGUUUAGGUGUUACAUUAAUAUGAGACUAACCUAUUUAUCCUGUAUUGGAAAUAUUUUUAAAACUAAUUGUAUCUAAAAUAACAUAUUUUACAGUACGUGGUUUUGUAUCGAAUUUUGGUUCUUCAUUGACUGCAUCGAUUGCUUGAUCUGAAAUCUAUUUCCUUUUUCUUUUACUACCAAUUUGUGACGAAAUCGGUGACAUGUCUCGGAAACGUCAAGGGGUAACGGAAAAAGAAAAUAAAUCAGUGUUUUCAUUUAUUUUAGUUUUUGCCAAAUAUUGCUUGCUUCUGAACAGGAGCCCGGGUAAAAUUUAGUUGCUGUGCAAUAUCCCGCGAGAGUAUUUUAUUAUUUGUAUUUAUAGUGACCUGCACUCAAGUGAUCUGAUUUUCUGUUCCAAUUUAUCGUCACUCUCGAAUGAAACGUGCUGUUUCUUGCCGCGGUUACUCGCAAGUUUGUAUAUAUUGUGUAAAAAAUUUACCUUCUCGGACGAUGCUUACCAGCGAGUUGAGAACUUGAAGUAGAAGUACAAAUUUAAUAGGUUAGUUAAGUUUUUGGAACUGUAUUAUACGCUAAAUUGGAACACUGACAAACGCGAUAUAUAGAUUUUUUUAUGUGUAUAGCUUCAGGUAAAUCAUUCAAAUAUGCUUCUGCAUCUACACCGCCAUGUAUCUGUGGUUACUUACGGUAAAGAGACUACUAGGUUUCAUAAAAAAAUAACGGGAAUUGUUAAUUUUCUCAUAAAAUACCUAUAUCACUGGAAUCGACAAACAAGUUAUAACAAGUCGUAACAAGUUGUAACUUGUUUAUUGAGUUUAUUUACUCAAUUGCGCGUGUUGUAGCACGUGCAAUUUGAGAAUUCUCGUUACUUUUUUAUUAAACCUCGUCUAUUCGACCGUAUUGGAAUAUAAAUGGGUUAAUGACAUGGUGUUUACUAAUAUUUAUUCUUAAAAUUACUCGCCACCAUUAAAAGUAAAGCUGAGCUGUUUGAAAAAUGCCGCUCUGUGGAGACAGCCAAUGAAACAUCUGAAUUUCUAGUGUGUGCCAAAUGACGUCAUUAUAUGAACGCAUGCGCUGUAUUGCCCGUUCAUUUAUUUCCCGCUUCAUUUAAGGAGCGGCAUUUUUACAAUGAACAAUGUGAAGAACACGUAGCAAAAAUGAAUGGUUUACUCGCUUCUCGUAUCCAACUGCUUAUUAUUUUCUAAUAAUCGACCACGCGCUAUGCUUCUCUAGGAUUUAUUUGAACUAACAGUUGUAUCAUCCAAAGAUCGCAUAUUCUAGUCUCGAUGGGAAAUAGUAUCUGUGUGUAUGUAUAUAAUCUGUCAGUACUGUAUACACAACGUUCUGUUUUAUGUAUUCUAAUAAUGAUAGGAUCGGGGCUGUUAUUUAUUUAUUGAUUUACUUGUUAAGUGUUUUUAAUGUUUGUAGAGUCAGUAUUUUUAAUUCUUUUACGGGGCGUUCUCAAGAUUUUAUUGAACGACAAAGUACAGUGUGAUUUGUAUCAGGAUAAGACAAAGAAUAUUAGAUUAUAAAUUAUGUUAUAGGUAAUUUUGAAUUCCGUUGAUGAAGUACUCUUAGUCCAACCAAAUUACACUUGGAGAAAAAAAAAAUUGUU